GAAAGUUGAAAAGUCGUCAGUCGCGUUCGAACCGGCGAGUAGAGUUGAGUGGAGCAGACGAGACGAGACACGUUUUCCGUAGCAGACGCGACCCGACUUGAAACCGUGAAUAUGAGUGUUCGGGAAACAAAAAAUCGUUGCUCACGUUACGACCGGUGCUCUAAGAACGGGUAGAAGUCGUUCAAUUCGCAGCACCUCUACGCUCUACAAAAUGUAGUUAGUUCUUGUAGACGAAGAUUUCACACGAUUUUGUUAAGAGAAUCGGGAAGACUCGCGUUUGAUUUAGUAGUUUCAGUCCAAACUAUCUGUGAUAUUACAAAAAAAACAAGCACGAAUAGAUUUUUGUUUGUGAGUGAAUGGUUUUUCUAGACACAACUCCAGUGCUAAACAGGAUAUCCUUAUGAAGUUCAUUGUGCAAUGUUUAUUAGUGAUGUUUCUGUGAUAUUAUCUUGGUUCUCAUUUAGUGGAGGGUGACUGUAACGAUUCGCAAAAUGGUUUUAGGAUAUUUUAAACGCUUGUCUCAUCGGGUGAGUGCCCGAUGUGAACAAGACCAAAAGUCUGAACUACGUACAUGUAGUAAACGUACUAAUGCCAUCGGUAAGGGCUGGCCGGACCCGUUGAACGCAAAGCGGCCACCGCUUGGUGGCACUGCAGAUUCUGCCCCACUGCAGGAUCCCAAUAUGGGGCUCUGGCCUCCAGGUUUUAGCUGUACCAACGUCCUCAGGACGGUGGUUGUUAUUCUCUUCAGUCUUCAAGCAUUCGUGCUGGCGACAGCAGCACCUUCUAGUGCCCAUUUCUACACGAUACAUUGGAACUCGUCCAAUCCAAUCUUUAGGAUCGACAACACAGAUAAUAUAAUAGAUGUAAAUAGGGAUAAUUUAAAAUUCGAAUACGAUCAGGUGAACCUGAUUUGCCCCGUGUAUACCCCUGGAACACGGGACGACGAAAUGGAAAAAUACAUCAUAUACAACGUGUCGAAAGACGAAUAUGAAACGUGUAGGAUAACGAAUCCCAACCCCAGAAUUAUUGCGGUUUGCGAUAAACCCUACAAGCUUAUGUAUUUCACAAUAACAUUCAGGCCGUUUACGCCUCAACCCGGUGGAUUGGAGUUCUUACCAGGGCACGACUACUAUUUCAUUUCAACAUCCACAUCGGAUGAUCUUCAUAGGCGGAUAGGCGGACGAUGUACCACUCAUAACAUGAAAAUAGUUUUCAAAGUUUGGGGGCCACCUGCGCAAACCCCAACGCAACCCCCUACUCAGCCCCCGCCACGACCUACAUGGUCAUCAAUGACACCUCCUAGACCAACCCCAUCUACCACAACGAUGACCACAAGUAGAAGUACCGUAUCAACGACAAAGAAAUCGAAGGCCUACAAUAAGCAUCCGAACGAAGUGGUAAAAAGUGAAGAGCUAACACUAGGAGGCACUUCGGAUGCUUCAGUGUUGCUAUCGAACGCUAUUCUGAUAUGCGUUAUGGUUCUUCGCGCCCUUCAAUCGAUGCGAUGAAGUGUUUUUUUGUGAUUUCGAGUUUAUUGGGGCAGUUGUGGACGACCGAGAGCUGUUUGAAAUUUACUUUCAAUAAGCUUUGUUGGACUUCUUUCUGCCGACGCAUUUCAACUCUGAUGUGAUGAUGAUAUAAUAAGUAGUUUAUAUGUAGAAGAACAACUGGUGCGAAAAGACAAUUUCCUGAUGCACGUCGAACACGGACUUUGCAAUGGUUUAGUAAAUGUUUUAGUCGUGGUUUCCAUCGUUGUUAUUGUCCCUUUCAUUCGUGAUAAUAAAAAAACUGUUUAUCCUAUUCCCUCACCGUGUUUUGUAACCAAAAUGUUGUAUUGCAGAGACAGGCAUUAUCGAGCUUGCGGAUUUUGGUUAUUCCAUAGCAAAGUCAGGAAUUGAGUUUUUGUGCUUCAAAGUAACAAGCAGCAAAAUAUUGAACAUUCCAUUGUAUUGAAAUUAGCCCUAAUUGGAUAUUAAGAUCUUGCAAGCUGGAUACCGACCGCCUAAAAUGUAUGUAUAUAUAAAAGAUGGGUGAUUUUUCAGUUCAUCCGCAACCCUCUCAUAAAGCGACAAGGGGCUGAUCAAGUAUAUCGUCCAUAUAAAGAGAAAAACUAUUAUAAUUAUUUAUUGUAUAAUGGUGUAACGUGACCCCUAAAGAAGAAGUGUUACGCAAUAAUAAACAAAAUAAUUGUUCACUAAAUAGGCACUAAGAAAAUGAUCCUAUAUAUUUAUACUUGAAUGUGCGCCCAUGAAUGCUUUGCCGAAAAAUUCGCCUGUACUACGGAAAAGACAAAUUUAACUAAUUAGAAUUAGUUAGUCUAAUGAAUCGUAAUCACUUUUUGACUAGUUACUUUCAUUCAAUUAUAUUUUGCACCAAUAUAAAAUUACUUGUAGCAAAUAAAUUGUUCAUAUUAAUUUGCAAUCUUACCUGAAACAAACUUCUCCUCUUGAAAAUUGCCUUUUCUGUAUACAGUAUCGACGGUACAAAAGCGAUGUUCCCCGUAAACUUUUUGUAUGUUUGUAAACAUUAUCCAACAAAACAGUAUGUAUUGGAGACAUUGCAUGAAGGACCUAAAACAAAUAUGAUGACCUAAAUGUUAAUAAAAACCCCUUAUGACACGAUAAUAUUAUGUAGAUACUUACAAUGUAGAAACGAAUGUUGAAAUCGACCUAAUAUUUCGUUUGUUCUAUUUCAUUUACUUUUGGAAUAAAUCGUUCGAAAACGAAAAGUCGGACUUGGCCUGGAAACUUUAGGUGUUUGGAUCUAGUCCUUCAUUCAUCGGAACUUUGUAGUAUGAUCCAACAAGAAUAAUGUUAUUUUAUUUAUAAGUAAGUACUUUAUAAAACUGUUUAAUUCAUUACGUUAAAUUUGCAGACAGCAUGGGAUAGGUUUGGACCUAAACUGGUUUGUUUAAGCAAAAGUAACACAAUAAAAACGUAAUUAACUUACGUAUAUUAAGUAUCAAUAAUAUAAUAAAUAUAUAUUUAAUAUUUAUUAAUAUUAUAAUAUACUAUGAGAUAUAUACUUACUUAUAACUUGACGUAUAGUCAGUUAAUUACGAUUUUAUGCGUAAUAACGUACUACGCGUAAUUGGCUUACGUAUAGUAAGUUAGUUGCGUGUAUUACAUUACUAUUAAUAGUAAGAAUGAAUGACAUCAUGAAAGCACAAAACGCGCAAAUUUGUCAUUUUUCUAAAUUGUGCUAUUGUUUAAAUCACAGCAAUUCAAUAUGACAAAUUUAUGCCGAGCUUACAAAAUAUUCAAUCUUGAGUUUGAUUUGGGUUGAUAAUAGAACAAAAAUAUUCUGUUCUGGUAAUUCCAAAGCAAACGUUCAGACUUUUUAAAAACUAAUUUUAUUUUAACUCAAUAUUCGACUUAUAUAGCCGAUCGCAAUUGGUCAAAAUAAGCGAAUAAGUAAGAUUUUAUAAUUUUCAGCUUAAGGUAUUGUGAAUUCUUAUAUUGUAUAGGUACCCUAGCUGUCAUUAAUUUCUAAGUGAUAUUCGAUUACAAAUUAAACUAAGGUUUUUUUUAAUCGAGGUUCAUUCUUGUUUAAUUGUUUUACACAAAAUUUUAUAUUUAUUAAAAAUCUAUUGUAUGUAGUAGACAUUCCUUAAUAUCGCGCUUUUUUAAGAUGCCUUAAAUCAAUUUUAUAAUUUCAUUUUUGCACUUUACAUAAUUACCAGAUUUUUUAUUAGUUUGCAACCGGUCCUGUUUUAUUCAGUCUAAUUCAAUCAAUCAUUUUUCUCAAAUAGAUUAUCACAAUACUUGUUGGAUCAUGCUGCAAGAAUAAACAGCGCGUUAGUUUAAACGAGAAAUGGUGCCAGAAAAAUCACCAAUUACCUUGAUGGCAUUUUCUUAAAUGUAUUAUCUAAUGUACAUUGUUUAUUUAUUUGAUGUUAAUUUAUAUGCUGGAAAUUGGCAUUUGAAUUUUACAGUAGAAUAUGCUAUUUUAACAAUUGUAAUAGAAUUGUGAUUUAUCCAAUUAUGAAAAUAGUGAUUCAUAUAAUGGAAUCCUGAUCUUUACACCCUUUUUACUUGCAUUACUUUUAGAACUAAACAGUGCUAAAGUUAAUGUACAUAUCUAACUAAAGUAAAGAAUGCAUGUGCACUAGAGAAUAUUAUCCGAGUUUGAAAAUUAAAUUUUGGAUGCCAGUUUCGCAUAGAUAACUUUUCAAUACUAUCUGGCCCUAUUAAAUUGUAAAUGAGUCGUAUAAUAGUAGUCACAUUUAUUUUAGAUAUGUUCGGUUUAAAUAUGAAAUAUUUGUACAGUUCUUUUAUAUGUUAUGUAGGAAUCAUUUAAAUGUGCCCUUGGGCAUAGUGACCAAUUUAUGUGAAUCCAAAAUUAUACGGUGCACGAUCGAAUAAAUUCAAUGAAUCUCAUUCAUUCAUUAAUGAUAUAUGUGUGUAAAAUUAUACUUGAUAUGUUUGCCCACAACCAGAUUAUGUUGAUUUCAUACUGUUUUCCAAUAGAAAGAAAGUAGUUGACUAGAAUUAAUUAGUCUUGUUUUAAUAGUGCCAAUUUUGUGCACAUCUGAAACACAUUGAAGUGAUUAUUAUUGCUCUUAAUAUUCGGAAAGUUCCUCUGAUUGUCGGCUACGCUACCCAUAGAAGCCCGUAUAAUAUUGGAAAGUCGAAGCAAAAAAUCGUGUAAAUGUUAUAUUUUUCCUGGUCAGUUAUUUAUUUCUAAUAUACAAUAUUUAAAGAAAAAGUGUUGAACAUUUUCGGACAAAUAUAUAAGUGGAUCUUGACGCGUAUGUUUGUAUAUUAUUAAAGACUGAAAAAAUCCUAGUUUUUAUUGUGUUAUAUGAAAAGUAUUACCUACCUUUGAGUUGAAAAUAGAUGAAGUGAUGAGUGCGCCGCCAUUUUUUUAGGAAUCUAGAAUUACAUAGACCGAGUUUACACACACUUAAACACUACAGUGGUGUAUUGAUUAAAAUAGAUUAGCUUCAUGUGAUCCGAUGGUAUUGAUGUGAUUUGCCAACUUGUAAAAUAUUACAAACAUUCCAAUAAUCAAACGUUUCCUCGCGUUCAGGGUUACACGAAUAUAUUGCAAUUAGCAUAAAACUAGUCUGUUUUGAACAAUACCACCAUUUGCCAUUUAUAUGUAUGUAGCUGACAGAAGUACUUACUAUUUGUAUUUUCUAUUCCUUCAACUUAGCAUCUUCUGUGUUGGUUGUGAUGUUUCUUUACAGUGUAAUGAUUGAUAAGUUAAUUUUCAAAACGGAUUUGGUCCAUAACAUUGACAUCUGAGAAAAUAAUAGCAAUGCUAAUAUGGACAUGUAUUGACUAUGAAGCAGUUACUUAAACGAGCGCAUUUAAAUCUCAGUAAAUUAACGUUUAGAUCUUAAAAAGUAUUUAUUAUUAUUUAAUAAAGUUCUGUACAUAUUUGUUGCAUAAAUUGUCCAAAUUUGUAUAUAUUUUUCCGUACUUUGUACAUGUAUUUUAUAACCGCUCUAUAACAAAUCUGUAUUGUCGAAACCAAUUUUCUUCUAUGUCAGUGUUUGAGGCUACACAUCUGUAUCACUCUGUAUAUGAUAGCAAAAUGUAUUAUUUAUUCUUCUUAGUUUGUAAUUACCGCUUUGCAAUGCAAUAAAAUCGCAUAUGAACAA